AUGGAGCCCCCGGGCGCCCGGGCCCCGCGGCUGCUGCUGCUGGCGCUGCUGCUGGGCGCGCGCCCAGGUGUCCAGGCAGCGAUGCAGGUGUCCGUGGCCCCGCUGGUGGAGGUGAUGCGAGGCGAGACGGUCACCCUGGACUGCACCCCUUUGGGGGACUAUAGCCAGUACCAGCUGAAGUGGUUCCUGGCCGACCGCUCCGGGACCCGCCACCUCCUGGCCGAGGCCCAGGUGCAGGGCCCCGAGGUGCAGGCCAGGGUGCAUGCCGCCCGGGGCCGCAGUCCCCCGUACCAGCUGCAGGGCCAGGGCCACCUGGUGCUGGCGGAGGCCCAGGUGAAGGACGAGCGGGACUACGUGUGCGUGGUGACCGCGGGGGCGGCGGGCACCGCCGAGGCCACCACCAAGCUGCAGGUGUUCGCAAAGCCAGAGACCACCGACGUCUCCCCCAACCUGGGCACGCUGUCUGUGAUGGAUGACUCUGCCCAGGAGAUCGCCACCUGCCACAGCCGCAACGGGAACCCCGCCCCCCAGAUCAAGUGGUACCGGAACGGGCAGCCCCUGAAGGUGCCCAUGGAGGUGAACUCAAACAGCUACAUGACCAGCCGCACCGUGCGGGAGGCCUCGGGCCUGCAGUCUCUCACCAGCACCCUCUACCUGCGGGUGCACAAGGAGGACCGGGACGCCCGCUUCCACUGCUCCGCGCACUACAGGCUGCCCCGUGGCCAGCACGGCCACCUGGACAGCCAGGCCUUCGGCCUCACCCUGCACUAUCCCACGGAGCACGUGCAGUUCUGGGUGGACAGCGCGACCACCACGGAGGGCUGGGUGCGCGAGGGCGACUCCGUCCAGCUCGUCUGCCGCGGGGACGGCAACCCCACGCCCGAGUUCACGUUUUACCGCCUGCAGGGCCAGGAGGAGAAAACCCUGAGCACCAACCUGCACGGGAACUUCACGCUGGAGGCCGUGCAGCGGAACCAGAGCGGCACCUACGGCUGCCGGGCGCUGGACUACGACGCGGCCGAGGAGGCCGAGCUCUCCCAGACGCUGGGGCUGCGCGUGGCCUACCUGGACCCCAUCGAGCUCAGCAGCGAGGAUGAGCUCGCCUUACCCCUGGACAGCAGCGUAACCGUGACCUGCUCCGUGCAAGGCCUGCCCGCCCCGGCUCUGCGCUGGACCAAGGAUGCGGCCCCCCUGGCGGACGGCCCCACGCUCUCGCUCAGCUCCAUCACCUUCAGUUCCACCGGCACCUACGUGUGCGAGGCCUACACGCCCACGGUCCCCCUCCUCAGCCGCACCCGGGCCCUCAAGCUGCUGGUUGAAGGGGUCCCCGACUUAAAGCCGGAGAAUAUCCACCCGCAGUCCGGGGACAGCUGGAGAGAAGGAGACGAAGUGAGGCUGGUCUGCUCUGCCCGGGGCUACCCAGAGCCCAAGUUCCUCUGGAGCGAAAAGGGCGAGAGUUCCACAGAGCCGGUGCCCGGGGGCCAGGGCUGGGUGAGCAGCUCCCUGACCCUGAAGCUGACCAACGCCAUGAGCCAGCGCGGCGUCUCCUGUGAGGCCUCCAACGCCCACGGGAGCGCCCAGCACGUCUUCCACUUCGGCCCCCUGGCCCCCCAGACUUCCCAGGCCGGCGUCGCCGUCAUGGCCGUGGCCGUCAGCGUGGGCCUCCUGCUCCUCGUCGUCGCCGCCUUCUACUGCAUGAGACGCAAGGGGCGCCCCGGCUGCUGCCGGAAGGGGGAGAAGCGGGCUCCGCCCGGGGAGCCAGACCUGAGCCACUCAGGGUCCCCGCGGCCCGAGCAGACAGGCCUUCUCAUGGGAGGCGCCUCCGGAGGAGCCCGGCGUGGCAGCGGGGGCUUCGGAGACGAGUGCUAA